ACCACUUCCUCUGACCGAGAUCACCUCUCUCUGCUCGCAGGCACAAAGCCACCGGAAGAUGCCCAACUCCAGCAGCAACUCCACGGACAACAACUGCAGCCACAGCACAGUGAUCACCACCACAGUCAUCCCCCUGGUCUACUGCCUCAUCUUCCUCGUGGGGCUGCUGCUGAACGCGGUGGCAGCAUGGGUCUUCCUCUCCGUUUCCAGCCAGAAGAGCUUCAUUGUCUAUCUCAAGAACAUCGUCGUUGCUGACCUCCUUAUGAGCCUGACCUUCCCUUUCAAGAUCCUGGCCGACUCGGAGGUUGCACCUCCCCAGCUCAACGCCUUCGUCUGCAGGUACUCGGCUGUGGUGUUCUACGCCAACAUGUACAUCGGCAUCGCCUUCUUCGGCCUCAUCGGCUUCGACAGGUACUACAAGAUCGUCAAGCCUCUCUUCACCUCCCUCGUCCACACCGUCAGCUACAGCAAGGCGGUCUCUGUGGUCAUAUGGCUGCUGCUGCUGCUCAUCUCCCUCCCAAACAUGAUCCUGACCAACGAAGCCACGGAAGAGAACUACUCCAGGAAAUGCAUAGGCCUGAAGAGCGAGCUGGGCAGGCAGUGGCACAAGGCCUCCAGCUACAUCUGCACGGGCAUCUUCUGGGUUGUCUUCCUCCUGCUGAUCGUUUUCUACACCUCCAUCUCGAAGAAGAUCUACAGCUCCUACCGGAAGUUCCGCAGGAACUCCGAGGCGGCCAAGAGGAAGAGCAGCCGCAACAUAUUCAGCAUCAUGUUCGUCUUCGUCGUCUGCUUCGUGCCCUACCACCUCUGCAGGAUCCCCUACACCCUCAGCCAGACCAGCUCCCGCUUCUCCUGCCAGGCCAGGACCACCCUCUUCUACGCAAAGGAGUUCACCCUGGUCCUCUGCGCCGCCAACGUCUGCCUGGACCCCGUCAUUUAUUUCUUCCUCUGCCUCCCCUUCAGGGAAAAGCUCUACCAAAAGCUGCACCUCAAGCAGAAAGCACCAAGUGAGGUGGAAAUCUCUAAAUCCAGGAGGUCAAACACCCUUGGGGAGAGUGUCGACAUAGUGUAGGCCUGGGUCUGUCAAAGGAUGCCACCUCUCAGCAAGAGAUUCGAGAGUGGGAAGGUCCCAGAGCAGCUGAGCUGAUGGGAACCAGCAAGGAAACGGGAGAAAGGCUUCAGCACGGACCACCAAGUGGUGCUGCUCUGUAUAAACCAUGAUUGAAUGUUGCCCUUACAUCUGCUCUGUGCUGUUCCAGCCGAUGCUCUGUGCUACAGCGUGGUAUGACCUGUCUGGAUCUCAAAACAAAGAGAGGAGUAACUGGAAUGACCCAUCCUGGAGCUCCAGGCUGUGGGUCUCUGAAUGGAUCAUCCCACAGACUCAGUAACCCAAGCCAGGCACAACACACAAUGAUCAGGGCCUGGCAAUGACC